AGACUAGAGAGCAGCAUGGAGGUCCACGGUGAACCCCAGUCCGGCCCGAGCUGUUCGUCGUCUUCCCUGGACGGCUCGGGGGUCUCGGUGUCCAAGGAGCUGCUGACAGCGGGGAGCAGCGGACGCGGAGGUAUAUGGGACAAGUUGCUCAUCAACUCCAAGCCUAAUUCCAGGAAGAAUUCCACUCUUCAAACAGUUCGGAUAGAGAGGAGUCCCUUACUGGACCAAGUACAGACCUUUCUGCCGCAGAUGGCUCACGCAAAUGAAAAGCUAAGAAAAGAAAUGGCAGCUGCCCCACCUGGGCAUUUCAAUAUUGAAAAUAUUGACGAGACUCUGGGAAAAGUUAUACAAAUGGAUGUGGCCUUGUUUGAGAUGAAUCAGUCUGAUUCAAAAGAAGAGGACAGUUCAGAAGAGAAUUCCCAAAACAGUUCAGAGGACAGUUCAGAAUCUGAGGAUGAAGGUGACAGCACCUCUUCUGAAGGUGAAGUCACCAUCGAUAACAUUAAGCUUCCUCAUUCAGAAGAUGGAAGAGGCAAGAUAGAGGUUCUGGAUAGUCCUGCCAGUGAAAAAAAAGAGACAGGGAAAUAAAUGAUCCAAGAAACAGGUGAUAGAU